AUGGAGGAUGCUGUGAAUGAGCUGAGUCAGGCCAUCGGAUUGACGAUCUUGAACCACAUUGAGAUUCUUCAAGAGGUGGCGCAAAGUAUGAAUGGAAAUGUGGAGUUUCUUGUCUCUAACGCAAAUCUUAUUGCUGAGCGGACGAGUACCAUAGACACCAACACGACCAAACUCAUAGACCAGAACAGUGAGCUUUCAUCCAAGUUAGAGACGGCGACGGACUUGCAACGUGAGACAUUAGACGCAAUGGCCGAGCAAUCACGAACUCUUAACGAAAUUGUUGCUUACCUCGGGUCUGUUCAAAUGGGAGAGAAGUUUGGCGAUGGCUUUCAGGCAAGUCUACUGAAGAUGAAUGUCCUUAGGUUGCGACUGUCGCGGUGGGCAAGAUCUAUUGGACUUGAAGACCUGAAAGAUGUCAAGUCUUGCACAAAGUUCUCACCCGAUGAUUUAUCACAGGUGGAGGAACUUCUCAGUGGGAUCACGGGUCAAUUUUCCUUUGCUGAGGGCAUUUCAAAGCGGCUACAACGGCGCAACCCUUCUGUUCAAUUGCUGGAACCCGCAAAAGAGCUUGACAGGGUCGGAACCUCCCUUCAUCAGACAAUGACUGAUCUUGUGAGGCAAAGACAAGGUAAUCAAGAUCUGGAGACCACCACUGGGCUGACCUUAUACGAAGAGAGAAACUUUACGCAACUGAUUGACAGCGUCAGUGGUUUGGUCGAGGAGCUUAUUCAACUAUUUCCCGAGGCUAAAGAGGGUCAGCGAGCACUUUGUAAGGAAGAGGUUGCAGAAAUGGGAAAGAUCAAUGGUGCUCUUCCUUUGCUGAAGAAGGUUGCCGGCGACGACAAAUUGUUGACGGAGAUGGUUGAAAAGGUCAUUCAAUCCACAGCCACCACUUAUAAUACCAAUGUGGUAUUUUCGGGCGAUAAUUCUGGAUUCCAAAUCGGAUAUAACAACGGCACCAUAAGUGAUUUCCGAUUCAGGUGA